AUGAUGCUGUUUCCAAACACAGGCUUUCAACGUAAGGAAGGCGAUUGGCGUUUGAAUCUGCAUGGCUGGCGUUUCAAAUCAUCUCGACGAAACAAAUUGUUAGGUGAAUCCUCAUCCUCAGUUGCUGAACGUAUCGCCCGUUUGUUGGCCAGUUCGGAGCAGAUCGUCUAUUUCAACGAUACAUUUCAACGUGAUCGACUGAAACCUUUUAUGGUGGAAGACAAAAGUAAAGAAGAAAUUUUCAUUCUCAUUGGAAAAAAACAUAAUUAUACGACGCAGACGGAUACCGAAGGUCAAUUUCGUACGUCGUUUAUCAUCCCGAACGAAGAUGUGCAAGAAAUCAAACAAACUUUAAAAAAUGAUCAGGUUAUUACGUAUCAAGCCGUGGGAGAUAAUGGAGAUCAGUGGGAAGGAAAAGUUCAUUUAUUGGAACGACGAGGAUUAUCGAUUGUAUCGGAUAUUGAUGAUACAAUCAAAAUCAGUGAAGUCGUGGAUAAGAUUCGGCUAGUAGCUAAUACAUUUAUUCAUGGUUUUCGUGUUGUGCCAGGAAUGCCGGAAGUAUAUCAAGGAUGGAAACAGAAAUACAAUUGUUCGUUUCAUUACCUUAGUGCUAUGCCUGAUCAAUUAUAUGCUGUAACGAAAGAUUUUAUUGAUGAUCAUCAGUUUCCCGAUGGGACAUUUCAUAUGCGACACUUCCGCUGGUCAUCUGUAUCGAUCUAUAAUUUUGUUCAUUCAGUUGAUACAAAAAUGCAUAAAAUCAAUCAUCUACGAUACUUUAUAUUCAAUUCUCUACGUUUGUUAGUUUUAAUCGGUGAUUCGGGUGAACGUGAUCCAGAAAUAUACGGCUUUGUGGCAAGAAAGUAUCCGAAACGGGUGCAUCAAAUAUUCAUUCGAGCGGUCAAGGGUGAAAAAGGCGACGAAGAACGAUUCUUGAAAGCAUUUGAAGGUGUCCCGAGAGAAAAAUGGAUGGUCUUCACCGAUCCAAUCAAUGAACUACCAAAAGAUCUGAACAUAACCCUUUCACCCUCUUAUUUCAUCAGUUUGGUGAAUGUUUCUAUACAUUCCGGACGUAGAAUGAUGAAUUUUGAAGAAUUUCGUCGAACGGGUGAAUUCUCCGAUAUCACUGUUAUUGUUGACAAAACUGAAUUUAAACUCCAUACGUUUCCACUGUUUACGAAAAGCGAUUAUUUCAAGAAAGCUUUCGCGUCGUCAUCGCCACCCUAUGUUAUUCAGCUUGAUCAACAAUUUCCAGGUGGUGCAAAUGUUUUCAAUCAAUUAGCGGAUUACUUUUAUUCGAUUCCGAUUACGAUUGAUCAUACAAAUAUCGUUCCACUACGAGCUGCUGCGUGUUUUAUCGAAUGCGAAGCAUUGAGCUCGCUGUCCGAUAAACGCCUAGAUGAAAUCUUGAUUCUUGCGCAAGUUAAAUACGAUUUGUCCGUUCCAUUAGCAUUACUCGAGCAAUGCAAAGGCGAAUAUCAACACUGGGCGACAAAAGCGAAUAUUGUCGAGAAAUGUCUUCGUUGUAUCAUGGAAUUAUUCGUACGCGGGGCGAGUUUGCAACUAAACAAGUCCGACCAAGAAAGUCUCGUUCGUUUACCAUUGGAAUGGCUCAUUCAGUGGAUUAAAUUAUAUCCAAAAGAAAGUAAACAUUCGAUUCUUCCGUUUGUUAAACAUUACGUUACUACACGUGCUUUACACGAAGAAGAAAAUCAAACGAAGAAUGAUGGUAACGAUGAGAAACGGGCUAUAAUCGAUGAAAUCGUGAAAACGUUAGGUGAGACUAUCGAAGAUUAUCCAUUAGGAUGGCUCAAUUCAGUAUAUGAAAAGGCUGUAGAACUCAAAUGUGAAUGCGAACCGAUUUUAUCAGCGCAUAUCACUCAAGCCAUUCUUAAAUCAACAAAACUUCACGACGGAAUCGAAACUAUUCCUGACGACGUGAUGAGCAGAUUAGUUGAACGCGUUAAUAAACACAAAGAAGAUCAUGUGAAGGACCCGCAACUUCUUGCCAAAUUAUCAACACUUCUCGAUUCGUAUGUAGCUCACCUUCGUCAACGUGGUACACUUACCAGUGAACAGUUUGUUAAAGUAGCAUCAUGCAUACCCAAGGAACAACGAAAUUCACAUGAUAGUUUGUUGCUUGCAUUGGAUGAAAUACUUAAGAAUGAGAAAUCGACACAAUUGAGUUCUCACGAACGAGAAGAACUACUUAGUCAAGUAGAUUUUUCUCGUGUUAAUGAAGAAACCAUUGCUGCAUGCAAAAGUAACCAGCUUAUUCCUCAACAAUUAAUUACCGACGCCGCAUUGGCUCUAUGCACUAAAUUACGAAAACAAUUGGAUGAUACACAAACUCGUCUUCAACUAGUUGAACUUCAGAUGGGUAAAACACGACCAGCGUCAACAACACCAAUAUGUCCAAAACAUCGUUCGUCGAAUUUAAACUCUUCAUUUCGUCUUCCACCACGUUCACGUAGCACAUUAUCAAAUACGUACGAAAUUCCUCGACAAAGGCGAUGCUGGGGUCGAUUUGAACGAUAUCGUGAAUGUGCAUCAACAUGUCCCGAUACGUGCCAAGAUGUCUUUUGGCCAAAUGUGCCGAAACUAUGCCCUAUGAUGUGUAGAAUCGGAUGUGAAUGUAUUCCUCCGUUUGUGCGUUUGAAUCAACAUGCGAACAGUCCUUGUGUUCAUCCUCGUCAUUGUCGAUUCGUGUAA